GAGGAGUGAAAAGGCUCCAAGGUUUAAAAAAAAAGAAAAAUCAUUCGGCAAACUGUCAAGGAGAUAGGGAACGAUGCCCCAAAGGCCCACAGGGGCAGCAUCUGGAACCGAGGGGCCCUCCAGCUCUCCUUUAAGAGAGCAGGGUUGGCUCUGGUCAAGGGUUGUUCUCUUACCCACUGCCUGCGGACCCAGCCUUGCCCCUUCCUUCCUCUGAAGGGGCUCCUGGCUCCAGCAAUGGGGACAGGACUGGGUGCAGGCAGGUGUUGCAGUUCUCUCUGGGACUGGGGGAGAGGGCUGGGCUCCCUAAACUGCUGAGGGACGUGGAGCAGACGCCCACCACGCUGAGGGGAAGCCUGGGCUAUUUCUCCCAGCCAAGUCACACACACACACACACACACACACACACGCACACGCACAUUCUUUUGUGGGUAAACGUAUCCUUUGGAUACUUUGCCCAGGAGAGUGGGGGGCUUUGUAGAGAUUUAAACUUCUAGAAAUUCUAUCUGUUGUUGCCUGUGAGCCCUGCCCCUUCCCCCCCUGCUGAGGCCAUUGCUCUCCUUCCAGAUGAUUUCCAAAACCCCUACUUCAGUAUACCUGGAAGAGGUAGCCUCACCCGCAACAAGAGGGUUAUUUUCCAGAGCCCCUUUUUCAACAGCAGGGCUGCCUGCUCCUCCAGCUGCCACUCUCAUACCCUCCGCUCAGGCUGCCAGGAAUGAAGAGGGGAGGGGGAAGACGUGGGUGGUGGCUGGAGGCAGGGCCUGGGGGAGAGUCGGGACCCUGCUGGCUCCAGCCUGAGGACUCUGCCUGCCUGUUCCCCUGCUGUUGGUGCUCUUGCUGGUGCUGCCAGAAUGUGCGGCAGGUUCCUGAGGCAGCUGCUGGCUGAAGAGAGCCGGCAUGCCACCGCUGUGGGGCGCCUCCUGCUUCCUGUGCUCCUGGGAUCCCGCCUCGUGCUGCUGGCUGCCAGCGGGCCCGGGAUCUACGGCGACGAGCAGAGCGAAUUCCUGUGCCACACUCAGCAGGCGGGCUGCAAGGUCGUCUGCUACGAUGCCUCCCGCCCCUUCUCCCCGCUGCGCUUCUGGGCCUUCCAGGUCAUCUUGGUGGCUGUGCCCAGCGCCCUCUAUGUGGGUUUUACUCUGUAUCAUCUGAUCUGGCAUUGGGAAGAAUCAGGGAAGGUGAAGGAGGAGAUGCUGAUUCACCAAGGGGAGAAGAGCAGAGAUGCCUCCAGGGCGGGAAGCCCCAGGUUGCUCUGGGCCUAUGUGGCACAGCUGGGGGUACGGCUGGUCCUGGAGGGGGCAGCCUUGGGGGUGCAGUACCAUCUGUAUGGGCUCAAGGUGCCCAGCUCCUUUGUCUGCCGUCAGGAGCCUUGCCUGGGUAGUACAACCUGUUACCUGUCCCGCCCCUUUGAGAAGACCAUCUUCCUCAGGACCAUGUUUGGGGUCAGCGGGCUCUGUCUCUUGUUUACUCUUCUGGAGCUUGUGCUCCUGGGUCUGGGGAGAUGCUGGAGGACCUGGAAGCACCAGUCUCCUCCUUCUAACUACUGCCCAACUGCAGAGAGCACCAAAAAACACAAGGAACCGACUGAUAGCUUCCAGCCAGUGGAAGCCAAAGAACCGUUCCGAGAAGCAGAGUUAUGAAGUCACCUGCCUCACCUCGGAAGGGAACCUAAGACUGGAUCUUCUUCUGCACAUCCAGUGAGUGGGGAUUUACUUCUGUGACAAAGCAGAGGCUGUUGAAGCAUCUCCAAGGGCCACGGCGGGCCAUGCUGCCUGAAGCGCUUCCUGGGAGAACUCCCGCUCCUGCCUUCCCUGCAGAAUCUUCUGGUGUCGGAGGCAGUUAUCACGGGCUUGGUUCCAGAGUCAGCCGGCAGAGGCCUCCAUAAAACUGUGCUUCUCCCCUGUAAUAAACACCUGUUGCUGUUGGCAUCCCUGUUGCUCAACACCACCUUCCUGUCGAGGUGACUCUACUUACCCCUCCCCUUGGUUCCACGCUCUCAGCUCCCCCCCAGCUUCCAAGUCCUGUCACCUCUGGAUGUCCCCAGCCCCACAGUGUUUGUCAUAUUCAGACUAGCCUUCUUUGCAUCUCUAAUCUAGCAUCCUUUAACAUUCAGAUCUGAUUUAUUCGAACACCCGGCCGCAUCCUGUAGGCAGGAUCACUGUGAAUUCGGAGGCUUAAAAGGACUUGG